GGGCAGCCGGUGUGGGCGCAGCGGAGGACUUUCCUAUAAAAGCAGGGAUCCCACGUUCAGACAAGCUCGUCUCUCUCAGUCACCGCAGACAGGAGCUGCGAUUCCCCGCGAACACCUGCGUUAUUUCUCCCGCCACCGGUCGGAAAAUCGUCUCAGCCUCACCUAAAGGAAAUCUUAGUCUAUGGUUCUGACUAACGCUCCUACAAGGAUGUCCCGGACCGACGAGGUGCACCGUAUAACGGAGAAUGUCUACAAGUCCAUCAUGGAGCAGUUCAACCCCUGCUUGCGGAACUUCAUAGCCAUGGGAAAGAGCUACGAGAAGGCACUCACCAGUGUCACAUAUGCUGCAAAGGGCUACUUCGACGCUCUGGUGCGGAUGGGCGAGAUGGCCAGCGAAAGUCAAGGCUCUAAGGAUCUUGGGGAGGUGCUCUUUCAGAUGGCUGAAGUGCACAGACAGAUCCAGAUCCAGCUUGAAGAGAUGCUGAAGUCUUUCCACAACGAGCUGCUCACAGAGCUGGAGAAGAAGGUCGAGUUGGAUGCACGCUACCUGAAUGCUGCGCUGAAGAAGUACCAGAUGGAGCACAAGAGCAAAGGGGAGAGUUUGGAGAAAUGCCAGGCAGAGCUGAAGAAACUGCGCAGGAAGAGCCAGGGCAGCAAGCACCCCUCCAAAUAUGGAGACAAGGAGAUGCAGUAUGUAGAGGCCAUCAGCAAUAAACAGGGCGAGCUGGACAACUACAUCGCCGAGGGCUACAAGAACGCUCUGUCCGAGGAGAGGAGGAGGUACUGCUUCCUGGUGGACCGUCAGUGUGCUGUAGCCAAGAACAGCAGUGUCUACCACAACAAGGGGAAGGAGCUCUUAUCCCAGAAGAUCCCAGUGUGGCAGCAGGCAUGUGCCGAGCCCAACAAACUGCCAGAUCGUGCCAUGUUCCUCGCCCAGCAGAUGAGCGGUGCAGCAGGCGUCAUGGCUCCCGGUGCUCAUCAUCCAGGCAUGCCCAUCUCUGAGCCCAUCCCUGGUGCUAAACCCCUGCCGGUGCCUCCAGAACUGGCAGCCCUGAGGGCCAGUGGGGUCAUGGGACAGCAGAGGCUGAUGGGAGGUGUGGAAGGAGGGAUGCCGGUGAUGAACGGCACAGCCGGUGCUCACGGAGGAGAGGACUACCAGCAGUGGAUGGAGGGCAAGGUGGCCCAGGGCAAGGCCUCACCGCAGACCCAGCGUCACGGAGGGGAGGUCUACUCCAACACCCUGCCUGUGCGCAAGGUCGCCCCAGCCAAGAGCAAGACCACACUGACGGAGACCCGUACACUGCCCCGGUCCAGCUCUAUGGCAGCGGGGCUGGAGAAAAAUGGUAGAACUCGAGUCCAGGCCAUCUUUUCCCACGCAGCCGGCGACAACAGCACCCUGCUCAGCUUCUCUGAGAGCGAUGUGAUAACCCUGCUGGUCCCAGAGGCCCGUGAUGGUUGGCACUACGGAGAGAACGAGAAGACAAGGAUGCGUGGCUGGUUUCCCUUCUCCUACACCCGGGUGAUCUCUGACGGUGAUGGCAACUCCAUGAGGCAACUUCGAGUACACAACCUCCAUGGGAAGAGCAGCAGCACAGGCAACCUUCUAGAGAGAGAAGACAUGGCUCUCUCUGUCCCUGAUUACGGCAUGCAGUCCCGUAUGGCGGCACAGAGCGCUGCUGCGCUGCAUGGCAGACAGCAACGCCCCUACAGCGUAGCAGUGCCAGGCUUCUCACAGCAAGGAGUUGAAGAAUACGAGCCCCGCUUCCCCACAAGUUCCACAGAGGGCAAAUUGAUUUCGACAGUGUGAGGACAGACAGACAAACAGGCACAGACUCAGCCAGACGAUGCGAUAGGACAGGCACCUUGCUGCCCCUCAACCAACCCUCCCCCCCCCUCUUCCCUGCCUCCUUACCUCCCGCUUACGGCAAUAAACUCUCCCUGAGCCCAUCAAUGCAAGGAAGAGGCUUGGGUCUGUAUCUUUUCCCCCUCUCUGAUCUCCCCCCGUCCUCCCCACCAAUCCUAACCUGUGCUGUCUAACUGGCCGGUAGCCACGCCGUCCCACUGGUGAAGUCUUGGUGCAGAGCCAUGCCAAGCCAAACCAGAACAAACUGGACUCUUGUGCCAUCCAAAUAUUCAAAAUCAAUGUGAUGGACAUUUUCUCUGAGGAAAAAGUAUCUUUUGCCUGUCUUUCAUGCAUGUACAUUUCUUUUAUAUAUCACUGGGGAUAAUAUCUCCCCACCAAAGGAACCUGAUUUUCACAAAUGUCAGUCCUCUCCAUCACAGUGACAAUGUAAAGGAUAUGUAAAUCAGGGUGUGAGAUUAAUGAUGUUGAUCCCAAAGAGGAUUUUCAUAAUGUAAAAAAAAAAACUACAUUAUACUAUAAAUACUUUUACUGGGUAUUUCAGUAUUUACCAAUAAUUUUACCUUUUCAUGCUGUGAGGUUUUGUAUUCCUCUGAGAUAAGAGGCCAUGUAUCACGAGUAGUGAACAGAUAAUGUAAAUGUUUUAACUUAUGGAAUGGAGACAUUGUGACAGGAAUGUUUACUGUACAUAAAUGUGCCAUACAGAAGUGCUUGUCAUACAGUAUCUAUGAUCAGUUCAUUAAAAAAAUGCACCUUAUGAAAGUAAUAGUCUAUAUUUCUGUAAACCAACUUACUGUAAAAGUUUUCCGUAUCAGCCUUUGAACUUGUUCUCCAACAUCUUUACGGAGGGACACUGUGCUCAGACACACAAACCCAGGUGCUCGGGGUCCUUUGACUAUCUAUUGUGGUGUGUGAAUAUCAUGCCAAGGCUGAAUGGGGUCAACUGUCCCUCGUCCCAGAAUGACAAUAAAGGCUCUGAGUUGGGUUUAGUGCUGAAACUUAUUAUUAUUAGUCUAAUAACUGUAUUAGACACAUAAUUGUGAAGUUAUUUACCAAGAGCAAAUUACAAAGAUGUGAGAAUUCGCUGCUUUUUUUAUUUUAUUACAUUGUAGACUGAAUAUCUUUGGGUUUUGGAGGGUGGACUUUUGGUUGGACAAAAGAAUCUGAUGGAAAUAGGGUUGGGUGAUAUUUAAUCGCAACUACUUGCCGCUAGUCAGUGGCGUCAUGGGGAGGUUGGAAACAGAUUUGUAUAAUUUACCUGAAAAGUAAAUUGUGGACGCCUUAGAUCUCGAUCUAAAUUCAUCUGAUUGCCCACCCCUAAUUGGAAGACUUCACAUUUGCAUUUGGACUUUUUUUUUUGCAUUUUACAGAUUAAAUAAUCGAUUUUUGAAAAAAUAAUUAAUAGUUGCAAUCCUAGAUAGGUUAACCAUCGUUCAUGCAUGAAAGAAAAGACAACUGGUACUGCUGUUUGGCUCAGUGCACAUCAACAUUGCUCCUCAUUUGCAACCAUUUCCAAUCUUUUUCUAUGUUCAGACAUAUUAUAGUGCCUCUUUACUGUGAGUUAAGUGACUAACAUGAAUAAUAUAUUUUUAUGGCAAUUUAAGACUAUUGGCAAUAAUGGAUAUGCUGAUGAAUUUCUGGAUCCAGAGAUUCAAAUGAGGCAUCAGCAGUACUGCGAUAACGAAACAGGGUCAUUGGCUCCAAAGCGGUGUUUACACUGUGCCACAUUUAUCCAGGAUACAGAUUUAUGGCACAGCCUCUCUGUAGCCUCGAAGGGGAGAGGAGUUCAUUUGAUGUUGAAACCUCAUUCAGCCUUCUUGUACUGUCUCUGCAAUUAAAGGCGUGAUUUUAAAAACCUCAGUGAGUAAAAAGCAUCAUGUUUUGAAGAUAAAAGAACUGUUUGUCUCAUUCUCUCUGUGCUAAAUAAAGACGCUGGUCUGCUUGUCUGUAUGUCAGUCCAGUUAGUGCCUGUCUUUACUAAUCACUGUCAACAUGUAUGUCGACAUCUGAUGUCCACUGGCCCACUCGGAAUUGAACUUUCUCAUAUUGUUGGCUUCUAAAUCUUGUGAGGUUUUUUACAAAAAUCUCAUCCAAGUACUGUCUUUACCAAAGAGAGGAGGUGAAAAUGUAAACAGUGCACCUCUCCCAUGCCUCGCACUCUGCAGAAAAAUGUCUGUCUUUACCAAAUAUUUAAUGUGGUUGAGUGUUUAAAGAUUCUUAAAAUAUUUUUUUUCUCCAAAUUUAGUGAAAAAAGUGAGGGCAGGUGCCACUUUUCUGCGUCAUGGUUUUCACUUCUUUUAUGAAUAUUUCAAGACUUAAUUGGACACUUGAGUCAAGAUGGACUUUUUUGCAUUGUAGAAAUGUUUCCCUUGCUGCACAUGUCUGCUGUCUCUUUGCUCUCUUCUCCAUCUGUCUGUUACCUAACACUCGUCUCCCCCCUCAGCUUUGCCAACCCCCCCUUUUUUUCCAUCUCUGUUUUGAUGAAUUUAGAGACAAAAGUCGAGUGCAAACGACUGGAAGCUGCCAGUGUUUCUUCUUUCUCCACUAAAAUAAGACCAAGGUAUGACUGCCAUUGCUGCAGAGAUAGCACACCAACCACCUGUGGCCAAACAACUCCUACAUCAAGUGAUGUGCUUUUAUUUUUAAGGAGGUUUUGUUGUUUAAAAAAACAAAAACAUCUCAAUAUUGUACAGAGAAUCUGUGGACAUGCAUGCUUUGGGGGCACCAAAAAGUGUAACAUUGAUGACCUCAAAUGUAUGGUGAAUUUCUACUCUAAAAAAAUAAAUAAAUUUAUUCAGCUGGAUAUUUUUGAUUGUUUCUGUUCAUUUCUUUUUUUUAUCCAGAAGGCCUUCACAUCCCAAUAGCCAUUUAGAAAGAAUUCAGCCUUUGAAUCUUUCUUUCUUUUUUUCUCAAAUAGGUUUUUAAUUUUUCUCUGAAUUAGUCUUCGAAGGCCAAAUGGGUUUUUCUUCUGAUAGUUUUUUAGCUUAUAAAAAAUAUUUGUAUUUUAGAGUAAUCUACUGCAGGUUAUUAAAAAGCAGAUUAAUUACAGUUUCUUUCAGAUGUUAGAGCCUUUCCAAAAAAGUUCACCACAUCCUAACCGAGGAAUUAUCUUAGCUCCUUUCUCAUAGUUAGCAAGCUAUCUCGCUUUUAACCAACCUUCUUGCACAUUUGGUGUCACUUCUCAUGUUGACAUUUCUGGAACUGACUCGGUUCCCAUCAUAACCUCCCACCGGCCUUGUUGCAUGUACAGUGUGUGUGUAUUUAGUGCACAGUAUUAGUUACACUGCAUCCAACCCGCCCUGACCUGCCAAUGCCAUUCACCCACUGGCCUGCUCCUCCUCCUGCUGCUAGCAAAGGUACCUUUUUCAACUCAACUGUGUGUGUGUUUGUGUAUGUGUGUCCUAAUCACAGCACAUUCAUUUUAUAGUGUCUGUCAUUUUUAAGUUCACUGUGUUGUGGUUUAUGUGCUUUUUUUUGUUUCCUGUGUUCUUUGGUAAAUGUAUUUUAUCACAUAUAUUACAUGUUAACACGCAGCCACUGUGAGUUUGUAGUUGUCGUCUGUUUGGGUAUUCAUUUGUAUAGAACUUUACACCACAGUAGUUUUAGAUACAUCAGUAGAAUUACCAUAAACAAGUGCGACCAUCACUGAGUCUGACUGACAGCCUCUACAGGCCUCAGCACUGCAUUUUGUACCGUAUGUGUCACUGACAGUGGUAAAGGAAGCUGAAAAAAGUGUUGUGCUGUAUAGAAUUUUUUUGGUUAGAUCUAAUGUUUGACUGCAUUAUAUUGCUGUCAAAUAAAAAAAAAAGUUGCAUCUCCAGUUUUAGACUUUGAGUCACCACUAAAUUUGCUCGUUCUAAAUGCUUUUAAAAAUCCCUAAAAUACAUCAAGAUUUUAAAGCCUUUGACGUGAAUGGUCAACCCACACACAGCGGAUGUGUUUGGCUGAUUAGGCCUCUUAUCCAGACGUUUAGACUUCUACAGACUUAUUUGUACGUGAUUGACAUCUCCUUCACUGUUAUUUUUAUUAGUGUGUAUAUAUAUAGUUCAGUGAUAUCAUGAAUUUCCCGGCAUUGCUCACCCAAAUUCAACCUGAGUAAAUCAGACAGAAUAACUAAAAAAUAUAAAAAAUAGUUCCUUGGAAGUCAACAUUUUGGAGAUACCAUAUAUAAGGCAGUUAUACAGAUAUAACAGUUUGAAAUACUAGCACCAGCACCACAAAAUUGCACUAGAGUCCAGUAUUUGAGUUCACAAAUUGGAUUUUGUAGAGGGGUAAAGGGGGAAAAUGGACAACAGACAGGAAAUGAAAGUUUUAAUGGAGGCUCCCAGUUGUGUCAGCCUUGGUCUCAUUUGUUUACGCUGUACAGUCCUACACAGUGCUUUUUAAGAUUGAUGAUAGCUUGUCUCAAUAGUAAUUAAAUAUACAUACUGUAUACUGUUAAGCAAUGUAAGAACACUUAUAGUAAUUAUAUAUCGCCCUGUGUGACAUAGAAUAUAAUGUAAUGUGUCACUUCUGGUCUUUGAGAAGAUUGUGAAUGUUG